GAGAGAGCAACACAUCCAGCAGCAGUCACACACACACACACAUACAUAUACAUACUCCCCAACCCCCGGACCCCCUUCUUCUUCUUUUUUUUUUAUUUAAACACUGACCAAUCCGUCCUGCAUUCAACCCUUCUUCUUCUUUUCAUCAACAACAUCCUUUCAAGAAGGAUAGAAACUGGGAAGUAAAUUAAUUUUUUCUUUUUUUUCUCGUUUUAAAGGGAUACACGUUUUUUUUUUCGACGAUAAGGUGCAGAGCAGUGAUGUCUCAGAGCUGAGGACAGUCUCAUGCAGUAUGGAGUUUGGAGAGCAGCUGGUGUCCCCAUCAUCAGCCCCGUCCUCCCUUCACAUGGCCUCCUCUUCAGCCAGCUCCUCCCCUGUUCCACCACAGACACCAUCCACAAAAUGCAGCAGCCCGGCCCCGAGCCCUGCACGCAGCUCCCCUCUCACCACCUGUGGCAACUUGCUCCAGAUAUCAGGGGAUGAACGUUUGAAUGUGUCUGGCAGCUCCAAUGGUUUUCCUUUAAUCAGCCGUCCAGCUUUUGGGCUCUACACGUCAAGUUCAGGCCGCUCCGAGUUUGGAGGCCUUGGAAGUCUGGGUUUAUCUGCCUUGGCUGCUCAUUCCCAUUUUGGUACAUUUCCAGACUGGUGGCGUCCAUCUGAGGCACAUACCAGAGGAGCAGCACCAGCCUUCUUCCCUCCUCUUAUGGGUCUGCAUCCUGUAUUUGCAUCAACCUUCAAGAGCCACGAUCCUGCUCACUCGCAGUCACGUACGUCAGUUUCUGUAGGCGUAAGUGGGACUGUGAAUGGCAGGAGUGCUUCUUCUCCUACUGGGAACUCUGCUGGGAACACCGGUUCAUUUCCAACAAAGGGAAACAUGGAGAAAACUAAAGCCAACAGUAGUCGGAGUCAAAAGAGCAGCCAAGACCUGCGCCAACUGCACCAGAAAACCAUUCAGAAAACAAAAGAAAAGCAACCCAACAAAAGACCACUAGAGACCUCCAGCAUGAGUGGCAGCCAGUCGGGAUCAUUGUCAGAUAGCUCCAGUGACGGUGAGGAGAGCAGCAGUGAUUCUGAUGACAUGGAGGAGGAGGAAGAGGAGGACAAUGACGAAGAUGAGGAUGAUCAGAGCAACGACAGUGAGGACUCGGAUUCAGAAAAAGACAGUCGGGUGAAAAGGAAAGUAAAGCGGCUGACACAGAACACUUCUGAGAGUAACAAGAAAAGACCUUCUUCGGCUGAUGGAAAUGCAACUCAGGACAGUCACCGUGACGUUCCUUUGACUUCCCCGUACCGCCUCCAGUCCUCUACUCACCCUGGUGGCCUGCCACAGUCCGCAGCACUGUUCCUCCAGAGCUCCAGGACUGCAGAGGAGGAAUGCCAGCAGCACAUCAGUGUCAUCCAGGCCACGGGGUUGGCAGCAAGCAGCAGUCCCCUAGCGCAGUCCCACAGGGAGGCGUCCCCUCUGCCCUCCAGAUCCUCACCCAACCCAAUCUCCUUCUCCAACUCGCCGAAGCACCUCUCUCACUCGUCUUCACCAAAGCAUGGCUCCAUCUCCUCCUCUCCCAAACCUCUCGCUCUCUGUUGUCCUUCGAAGCCCCAGUCUUUGUGUUCCUCACCCAAGCCUCUCUCCCUCUCCUCUUUACCAAAACCACAAAUGCCGUUAGCCUCACAAAAGCCCAGACAUAAGUCCAAAUUCUUGACGCCUUCUCCGAAGCACACUCAGCUUGUUGAUGGCACAAAGGAGAGCAGUGGAAACCUUCCGGAUGGAAGAUUGUUGCACUUGAACAGCUUUAAAUUGAAACAGCCCCUCCAUUCCAAGGAUUCUGUGAAGCAAGCUUUCUCUCUGCGACCUAAGAGCCAGAACUGCAGCGACACCAAUCUGUUCCUGAACCAUCACCACCACCCGAAUGGAGUGAGCCACAGCACAGUUCAGGAAGCCCCCUUGGCCCUCAUCACUAAACCUCGCAGCCAGAGAAGCACCCCCGGUAGCAAGCCCCUCCUGGCAGCCACCAGCCCUCCCUAUCCCAUGCCUAUCAACUUGAGCACUGGCACAAAGGUGAUGUCGGGCAGCUCUGCUUCCCCGCUCAAAUCUUCUGCCUCAUCAGGUGUUGCUCACACACAGAGAAAGUCUAAGAGUCCCAAGUCCCUGCAUGCAGGAAGAAGCCUCCCUAAGACCAGCUCAUCCUGUCUGCCUUUAGACUUGGUUAGAAGCAGUGAGUCUGACAUCCAUAGCAGCAAGGACUCAGACGACUCUUUAGGAGACGACUACGACGAUGAAGAUGAUGAAGAUAUCGAGGAUGAAGAUUCUGGCAGCAGCCUGUCAGAGUCAGAGAGCAAUCUGGAGAGCGACUCUGAUGGCUCUGAGGACGAUAUGAAGGAGCGCGGUGAGACAGAAGCAGACAGCGAUUCGGAGAGGACUCCUCUGAAACUUGCUAAAGCCUCCUUGUCUACUCACAAGUCCUCCCCGAACCUCUCAGCCAACUGCUCCCUGCUUAACCUGCAGAUCAUCAAGCCUCCGAGUUUACCUAGCGGCCUGCUCACCACGGCCACAGUGACCAGCUCAGGAGCACUGAAUAACCACAGUGCCAUAUCUCCAGCCUUCACGUAUGCCACACUGCCAGGAUCAGGGAAGAGGAGGAGAGUAACGGAUGAGAGAGUUCUGCGGUUGCCUCUUGAGUUCGGGUGGCAGAGAGAGACCCGAAUCAGGACCGUGGCAGGUCGCCUACAAGGAGAAGUAGCUUACUUUGCUCCAUGUGGGAAGAAGCUGCGUCAGUAUCCUGAUGUAAUGAAGUACUUGCUCCGCAAUGGAAUAACUGAAAUCUCACGGGAUAACUUCAGCUUCAGUACGAAAAUUAAAGUUGGUGACUUCUAUGAAGCCAGAGAAGGACCAGAGGGUUUACAGUGGUUCUUGCUGGCAGAGGACGAGAUCGGUCCCAGUAUCAUAGCGAUGGAUGGGAGGCGCAGCCGUUGCACAAAGUCCGAGCACCAGCCGAUCGGUGACGCUGCUGGGGGGGCCAGACAGUGGAAGUCUCAUCCUCUUAAUAUCGGUGAAAAUAACUUCCAAGAUGUGAAUGAUGCCAAACUCCUACGCAAACUGGAGGCUCAAGAAAUAGCUCGACAGGCAGCCCAGAUCAAAAUGAUGAGAAAACUUGAGAAGCAGGCCAUGGCUCAAGCAGCCAAGGAGGCAAGGAAACAACAAGCAAUAAUGGCUGCAGAAGAGAGGCGGAAGAAGAGGGAGCAGAUGAAGAUUCUUAAACAGCAAGAGAAGAUCAAGCGCAUUCAGCAAAUUCGUAUGGAGAAAGAACUCCGUGCACAGCAGAUUCUCGAGGCGAAAAGAAAGAAGAAAGAAGAAGCGGCUAAUGCCAAAAUACUGGAAGCUGAGAAGCGAAACAAGGAGAAGGAGAUGCGAAGACUACAAGCUGUCAUACUGAAGCACCAGGAGUUGGAGAGGCAUAGACUAGAUAUGGAGAGGGAAAGACGCAGGCAGCACAUGAUGCUCAUGAAGGCUGUGGAGGCCCGUAAGAAGGCGGAGGAGAAAGAGCGUCUGAAGAAAGAGAAAAAAGACGAGAAGCGGUUAAACAAGGAGAGGAAACUGGAGCUCAGAAGACUGGAACUGGAAAAAGCGAAGGAGUUGAAAAAGCCAACCGAAGACAUGUGUUUAGCGGAUCAUAAGCCACUUCCAGAGUUGUCUCGGAUCCCCGGUCUGGUCCUACCAGGAAGCACCUUCUCUGACUGCCUGAUGGUGCUGCAGUUUCUACAUAGCUUUGGAAAGGUCCUGAGGUUAGACAUAAAUCCAAACAUGCUCAACCUAAGUGACCUUCAAGAGGGAUUGCUCAACGUCGGGGACAGUAUGGGCAAAGUGCAGGACCUGCUGGUGAGCAUGCUCUCCGCAGCAGUGUGUGAUCCUGGUAUACCUGCAGGCCACAAGAGUAAGACCGCCUUGGGAGACCACCUGACUAAUGUGAGGAUCAACCGAGACAACGUGUCCGAGAUCUUGCAGAUCUACAUGAAAGGUCACUGUGAGCAGACGGAGCUGGCUGCUCUGGCCCUCAGUCUCAGGACCAAGGCUUUCCAGGCUCACAGUCCAUCACAAAAGGCCUCCCUGCUGGCAUUCCUGGUUAAUGAGCUGUGCUGCAGUAAGGCUGUGAUCAGUGAGAUCGACAAAAACAUUGAUCAGAUGACCAACCUGAGGAAGGAUAAGUGGAUUGUCGAGGGAAAGCUUCGCAAAUUGAGGAGCAUCCACGCCAAGAAGACAGGGAAGAGAGACAGCAGUGUAGUGGGAGAAGAAAGCCACACCUUUGUCAACCCGUCUACCAGAAACAAGUGCAAGAGGAAAGAAGGGGACAGCGAGGAGGAGGACGACGAGGAGGACGACAGUGAAGACCAAGGAGACGACGACGAUGAGGACGAAGAAGAAUCGGGGGGGAAGAAGGGGAAGAAAGCAGAGAUAUGUGAAGAGGAGGAUGACAGUGUACACUCAGCCAGCAUGGAGGAGCUGGAGAAACAGAUAGAGAAAACAUACAAGCAACAAAGUCACAUCAGACAGAAGUUAUUUGACUCAUCUCAGUCCCUGCGCUCCAUGACGAUCGGACAAGACCGCUACAAGAGACAUUACUGGGUCCUUCCACGGUGUGGCGGCGUCUUUGUGGAAGGAAUGGAAAGUGAUGAAGAUUAUGAAGAGUUGGAGAUGGAGGAGAAAAGACUGAGGACUGCUCAGGUGAUCAGAGUAAAAGACGAGCCGCUGGAAGAGACAAAGAAACCGGUGGUCUCCAGCCCGGCACAGAGCACAGACGGGGACACGACCACGCCAGAGAGCCAACAGGAUAAAGACAGCCUCAAUCUCUUCCUCCAAAAACCCGGCUCCUUCUCAAAGCUCAGCACGCUCCUUGAAGUAGCCAAAUUGGCUCAAGAUUCAGGCAUCAAUCCUCACAAUAGUCAUUCUGUUAAAGUCCCUACCACUGCAUCUUAUCCCUCAUAUCCCACCUCUCAGGCAGCCACUUCCCAGCAAGGACUGAUAGAUAAAAUGGAUACUUCAGUGUCAUCUCUGCUCAAAAGCAACCCCUGGAUGACCUGCAGCCCUCAGUCUAUCCUUCACGAUGACCAGCUCUCCAAAAUACUGAUGGAAAAGAGCAACCAGUGGUUUAGCCUCUUUCCUCGCUCUCCUUGUGACGAGUCCUCGGUCACCUCUGGCUCCAGCCCUCCGGCCUCUGCGUCUCCUCUACACACCAUCAGCAACAAAUCCCCCUCCUCCCUCUCCCCUAAUUCCCUCGCCACAGCCAGCUCCGGCGCUCCUGCUGGGAUCAAUAACAUGCUGUCUGUCCUUCAGCAAGUAAAGUCUGGCAUUCAUCAAAGCAGACUGACACUGUCUGACAUGUCCAGCACAGUGGCAAGUCCCAGCCUGCCCCUCUCUGGUACAUCUCAACCCCCCAUGCUGGAUCUAGCCUCCCAGCAUGCAGAGGGUAAUGGGAACAGGGUCUUCUUCCUGGCAAAUAACAACUCUGUCAACAAGAGCGAGACCCCAGAGCCCCUGAGUGACAAGCCUGCUUGUGCCUUAUUCCCUGCUGCGGAGGUGGCCAAGACCCAGGACUACCCUAGUCCUCAGCCUAUCCCCGAGGAGAUGCUGUGUGGCUGGUGGAGAGUGUCAGACAUGGAGGAACUACACCGUCUGGUCAAGGCCCUCCAUAGCCGAGGCAUCAGAGAGAAGGUCUUGCAGAAACAGAUCCAAAAACACAUGGAGUACAUGACCCAGCUCUGUGCAAACAGCAAAGAUGAGAUUGAUGUGGCGGAGCUGGAGAAGCAGGAGGUGAGUGAGGAGACGGUGGAGAGUUGGUGCGUUGAGGAGCAGGCCAUGGAGGUGGACAUCAGCCUGCUGCAGCGGGUCGAGGAUCUGGAGAGGAAAGUCAUUUCUGCUGGCCUGCAGGUCAAGGGAUGGAUACAGCCUGAGCCCCAGUGUGAGAGGGAGGAUCUGGUCUAUCAUGAGCACAAGCCCUUCUCCUCUUCUGCUCCAGAGAGGAAGGGACAGAGAGAAACCAUCCAAGAGGAACUUCCUGGCUCUGUGGUGCGGCGGCCAAACAAUCCCCUUGACAUAGCUGUCGUCAGGCUGGCAGAGCUAGAGAGGAACAUUGAGCGAAGCAGCGAGGAGGAGGCGGCGGCUCCGGGGAUGAGGUCUUGGCAUAAAGCUCUCGGUGAUGUCCGCAGCUCAGCUCAGCUGUCACUCUGCAUUCAGCAUCUGCAGAAAUCCAUUUCCUGGGAACGAUCCAUCAUGAAGGUGCACUGUCAGCUCUGUGAAAAGGGGGAUAAUGAAGAACUGCUCUUACUCUGUGAUGGCUGUGACAAAGGCUGCCACACAUACUGCCAUAAACCCAAGAUCACUACAGUACCUGAUGGCGACUGGUUUUGUCCCACUUGUGUAGCGAAGUCCUCUGUCAUUCAAGAAAGUGGUCAAUCCCCCCGGAGCAGGAGGCAACAGAGCCGAACAGCUGGAGGAGGGAAGAGAGGCAGUGAGGUAAAACGAAAUGGUAAGCCAUCUGCGCUAGGAGAGCUCAUCAAAGAAGAGGCUGCCAGCAGCAACAGCGUGCCAAAGAAAGGUACCAAGGAGUUCAAGAAGAGGAAAGGAAACGACAGCCCACCCGGCUCCCAGGCCAGACAUGACAGCCCUGUCUCCGGUGCCAAAAAAGCCAAAACGGACAAAGACGACAACAACACAAACGGUCUGGCGACGUGCCGAAUGUUGCUGGCUGAGCUGGAGGCUCAUCAGGACGCUUGGCCCUUCCUCACACCGGUCAACCACAAAGCUGUCCCAGGAUACAGGAAGGUCAUUAAGAAGCCCAUGGACUUCUCCACCAUCAGAGAGAAGCUUACCAACAACCAGUACUUGAAUUUGGAAACUUUCAUCGUUGACGUGAACCUGGUUUUUGAGAACUGUGAAAGAUUUAAUGAAGACGAUUCGGAAAUCGGACGUGCCGGCCACAGAAUGAGGAGCUUUUUCGACAAACGAUGGACUGAACUGCUGAAAUAAAGAAUAAAAAUAAAAAACUCCUGCGCGGACUUUCUUCGCUACUCUCUACAUAUCGAACUUCAUCUUUAGUGUUGGAGGCCUUCUCUUCACCUGUGACACUAAAUCACUUCACGAUUAUAAUAACACUCUGAUGUGCAAUGUGAAAGGACACUUAAAGUGCAAUACUGUUUUCUUUAUCAAAACGCACUGACGCUUGGACUCAAAUAUUGUAUUUUCCUCUGAAGAUAGGUCAUCUGCUUUUGUUUUUGUUUUCUUUUUUUAAUCAUCAGUACCUUAGCUCAGUGUAUAUUUGUGUAUUUAUUUUCUCGAGUAUUUAUGUUACAGUGAGUCUUUUGUAAGAAAAAGCAGGAAAUGGCACACAGCUUUAAAAAAAAAAAAGUUGUUUUAUUGAACUAUUGAACAAGCCAAUCAAAAAAAAAAUGUUUACAUCUUUUUGACUCCUGGGUGCCAGUAGUACUACUGUUCAUCUGCAUUUCUGAGUUAGCUGUGUGAAAUACAAGGAGGUAUCACUGUCGCUAUUUACUUUGAACUUGUACAGAGUGUACAGUACACACAGUACAGUCUUGUUAAAAUAUUGUUAAUGCUAAAGGAUGAUUGUAGCACUUCAUACGUCUUAUACUGUACUUCGCCUGUGCUGGAUAUCAACACAGAACACUGUGGUCUCCUCAGUAUUGUAGUGCCUGACCUCUGACCUCUAAAACAGUGUAUGGGGGAGUUUUUUUGUUUUUGUAUUUUCAGUGUGUGUACUGUAUGUGUGUCCUGCACAAUAUACUGUUGGAAACCCUUACACAGAAAUGUAAAACUCUUUAGAGCUUUUCCUCUGAAAACAGUUGAUGUGGUGCAUAUAGUGUGUUUCAUCUCCAAGCAUUUCCUUCGGCCAGAGUCCUGUCAGACGUCCCGCGGACAGACUUGAAAACCUGCACUGGGCUUUAAUCCAGCGGGGAGUCGGGACAUCGUCAAGGUCCAGCAGAGGAGUCUCAAGACGGCUGAAGUCAGAAGACUUGAAGUAACUGUAUUUUAUUAUGAAUAUUGUGAAAUGAGUAGCGACUUUUGUGGGAAUAUUAUUUUUAAAUAGUGUGUGGCACAGACAAUAAACCUGUUUUUCAAAAUAACACUGUUAGGCCCCUCACCAUGAACCAUAUUAUUUAGACUCAUUAUUGUUAUUUAGUUACAUUUUAAUACUUAAGUCACAACUUUUGCAUUAUGUAUAUAAUUUGAAACACUUUUAUUUGGUUGAUAUUGGUUUACCACUUAAGUAAAAAUGGUCUGAAAU